CGCAGCCGUCUGAUUGAGCCUGACGAUACAGCUCUGCUCGUAUGGCACUAUCUUCUGACCUUUGAAAAGGAGAUCACUUUCUUUUGGAGACGGAAGUUCUCCGGCGCAAGUGCUCUUUUCCUCACGAAUCGCUACCUCAGUCUCGCGGUCGUGAUAUACAAUCUUCUAUCCAGAGAGUUGUACACUCCAAGCGAAUCGGUGGGUUAA